AGUGAAUCACAAGACUCGUGUUUAAGCGGAAGUCGAGCAGCAGCUGAGGGUUAACUGAGAGAGCCGCUCUGUGUGGAGAUAAACAGAAAUAAUGCUACAGUUACAUUUUACUAAAGAUACACUGCCCGACAGUGUCAGCGCUGACUUCCAAACCCUUAAUAAAUUCACCGAGCAGCAAUUUGUGAGCUUGACUGAGUUAUUGUACCAGUUCCUGCUGGAGCCAAAAGAGUCAGAGCGGUUCCUGGCACAGCUAGCCGAGUUUGCAGGAGAGAAUGGCAUGGGUGCAGGUCCACUUAGAGGCCUAAUGAAGAGCAUUCUGCUGCUUCCACACGGUGCUCUAAAGAAGAAUCUCACUGCUGAACAAGUUAAAGAGGACCUGCUGUCCCUAGGGUUAAAUGAAGACAAGGCCACUCACUUUUCUGAUCAGUGGAGGGUCCACAACCCGCUGUUGUCCAGGUUGGCAGUUGGUCAGACACUGAUGGUCAACCAGCUGGUGGAUAUGGAGUGGAAAUUUGGUGUUACUGUUGGGACGAGCGAACUGCAAAAGGCUGGAAAUAUCUUCCUGCAGCUUAAACUGGUGGUCAGAAAGGGGAACAGUACACAAAAUGUUUUCAUGGAAUUGACACUGCCACAGUUCUAUAACUUCCUUCACGAGAUGGAAAGAGCCAGAGCCAGUAUGGACUGCUUCAGCUGAGGAGCUGCAUCACUGCAUAGUCUUAUAUAUCUUUAUAUAUCUUUAAUUCCAUGCAACUGAUGAAUGAGUUGAAGGAGCAUUUAGGUUUGUGUAUACCGUUACCGAGCCUUAACAUUAUAAGUGUAAAUAAUAGUGUAAAUAACAUUGAUUAUCUGGUUGCACUGAUGACUGCCUAGGGGUGUGAUGUAUUAGGCAGCAAGUUCACGGUCAGUUCAGUCAGUCAACAGCCAGUUAAUUUGCUGAAAGCAGGAAAAAUGUGCAAACAUCUGUGCAAAUGGGCUGUGCAAAAAGGUCUGAGCUACUUUGACCAGGGUAGAACUCGGCAUCUCCAAAUCAUUACUCAGGUCUUAGUCCUGUUUUGCAGUGUCUGGAACCUACAAACGUCCUCAAAGUGAAUACAAGCAGUGGUCUCAUAAACUCAUUAAUGCAGUAAUUAAAGUAAACUGAACCCAUAAAAAAGCUACUGUAGAACAUAUGCUGACCGGUACCACCCUGACCAUAAAGAAGCAGAUAAGAAGCUGGAUGUUUCGUGGAGUCCGUGUCUCAAGGGGUCAGAUCUGUUCUUGCAGUCUGAGGGGGACCUACGCAGAGCUAGCCAGGUGUUUUUUAUGUUAUGACUGAUCAGUGUGCAGUGCUGUGCAGGUGUAUGAAGCAUCUGAGAAAAGCUAUUCAUCUUGGGAGUAAAUGAGUAAAAUACACACUGUAUAAUAACCAUACAAAAAGUAGUCAUUUUACACAUUUCAUUGUGUUUUCUUUCUUCAAACAUAAGUAAGGAAGCCAUUAUUAUCCAGGGCCUGGUUUAUUAAGGUAAAUUAGGUGAGCUGCUGCUGCUGCUUGUGAAUCUCAACAAAUUUAUGGGGUGGCUGGAGGCAUCGAGGAGAAACCUGGAACCAAGCCAGUUUUCUUCCAAUCAGCUCUCGCCAUCUCAACUACUUUUUGAAAACAAGAAAUUCUAGUUGCUUUUUCCCGCAUUAAUGUUUCUUUGAGUUUUAUGAGCAUAAACACACUUAUUCCUCAGAGCAGUGGUUUAAAAAGUCUUCUGCACCUUUUGUACUGCAUAUUUGUGUUUACACACAAUUGGGUGUGUGACUCCAAUGGUUCCGGUCGCACCUAAAUGGUUGUUUUUUUUGGUAUGAUGAAACCUGUUGAUUUGUAUUUUGCACUUAUGGACCAAUAAAUCAAACAAUUCACAUUUA